GGUGGCCAUGGUGGAGACAGCAGCAGCUUCCCCACCCAGGACAAGGCCCAGAUGAGGAAACUGAGACCCAAAGAGAGACAGCAACUGGCCCAGGGUCACCAGCAUGCAGAUGCCUGCUAUGAUGUCUCUGCUUCUUGUGUCUGUGGGCCUCAUGGAAGCACUUCAGGCCCAGAGCCACCCCAUCACACGACGAGACCUCUUCUCUCAAGAGAUGCCACUGGACAUGGCCCUUGCCUCCUUUGAUGACCAGUACGCUGGCUGUGCUGCUGCCAUGACAGCUGCUCUCCCGGAUCUCAACCACACGGAGUUCCAGGCCAACAAGGUGUAUGCAGACGGCUGGACACUGGCAAGCAGCCGAUGGCAGGAGCGCCAGGCCAGGGGGCCGGAGUGGAGUCUCAGCCCCACCCGUCCAUCCCCGCCACCCCUGGGCUUCCGCGAUGAGCAUGGGGUGGCCCUCCUGGCCUACACAGCCAACAACCCCCUGCACAAGGUGUUCAACACAGCCGUGCGUGAGGCAGGCCGCUCCCGGGCCCACUACCUCCACCACUUCUCCUUCAAGACACUCCAUUUCCUGCUGACUGAGGCCCUGCAGCUCCUGGGCAGGGGCCAGCGUCCACCUCGGUGCCACCAGGUGUUCCGAGGUGUGAACGGCCUGCGCUUCCGGCCAGCAGGGCCCGGGGCCACCGUGAGGCUGGGGGGCUUUGCUUCUGCCUCCCUGAAGAAUGUUGCAGCCCAGCAGUUUGGUGAGGACACCUUCUUUGGCAUCUGGACCUGCCUUGGGGCCCCUAUCAAGGACUACUCCUUCUUCCCUGGAGAGGAAGAGGUGCUAAUUCCCCCCUUCGAGACCUUCCAAGUGAUCAAUGCCAGCAGACCGGCCCAGGGCCCCGCCCGCAUCUACCUCCGGGCCCUGGGCAAGCGCAGCACCUACAACUGCGAGUACAUCAAAGACAAGAAGUGCAAGUCUGGGCCUUGCCAUCUGGAUAAUUCAGCCAUGGGUCAGGGCCCCCUCUCUGCAGUCUGGUCUUUGCUGCUGCUGCUCUGGUUCCUUGUGGUGAGGGCCUUUCCAGACAGUCCAGGCCUCCUUUGAUGCAUGAGACAUGGGACAGCCUCGCCUGCUGCCUCUGCCCAUCCUGAGGAUGUUGGCCAUGUGUGCUUUCAGUGUAACCAAGAUUCCUGGCAACUCCAUCUGCAGGGAACUCUGGGACCUUCUCUGGUAGCUGCCAGACCUGCUGGUGGAGAAACAGGAGACAAUUUGGGGACUGAACCUUACCCAGGGCUCUAGGAAUGAGACUCUGAAUAAACAGUUGGGCCGG